AUGGAUCGUAGUGAUGAGGAUGUUCCUCUUCUACGCGAUUCGAGCCGAAGCGCAAGUUAUGCGGAAAGCAGCAGCGGCGUACAAGGAAACGAAGAAAGUGUUGAUAGUCGAAACAAAAAUGUUGUCGGAGGAGCGUCAGUGACAUGUCGAGUCUGUGAUGCUCAGAUUGCUUUAGAAGGAAGAAAUACACAACACGUAGUCAAAUGUAGCGAAUGUCAUGAGGCAACUCCUAUUCGUCCUGCACCGACAGGAAAAAAAUACGUGCGAUGCCCUUGUAACUGUCUGCUCAUUUGUAAAGCAGCAUCCACAAGGAUUGCCUGUCCUCGUGCUAACUGUCGCCGAGUUAUCACUCUGAUUUCAGGAAAUCGAGAACCCCAAGGGAGUGCUGUACGAGCUCCAACCGGAAGUUGUCGCGUCUCUUGCGUACAUUGCCGUGAAGUUUUCUUAUUUAAUACUCUAAAUAAUAGCUUAGCUAAAUGUCCUCAUUGCAAAAAGAAUUCCACAAUCGGAGGAUUUGCUCGCAGGCGGGCUCUCCUGUUCUUAUUAGCAGCAGUAACGAUGCUCAUCCUCAGCGUCCUGGUGACGGUUUUCGGAAAGAAAGUGGCAGGCUUUUGGGUUUAUGUUGCAGGGUUAAUCUUUUAUUCCUUAACGUUGUAUAUGUGUGUUCAAUUCAUAAAGUAUUGGCUGGUGAAAAUGAGCACGAUUAUCGGACCGAUCUGA